AUGCAGGACACCUGGACGGCUCGCAAGGCUGAGGAGAUCCAAGCGUACGCGGAUCGUAGCGAAUGGAAGAACUUUGCCUCGAUCGAAGCCAUCUACGGUCCGCCAACCAGAGGUACUGCUCCUCUUCUUAGCGACGACGGAACAACUUUACUCAUUGGGAAGGCCACAUACAGGCCAGUCCUGACCGACCCGCCUAUGUACCAUUUUAUAAAAUCCGUUACACAAUGCCAUAUACAGCUGACAUUUAUUUCGGCCAUGUUGAUGUCCGACUAUAUUCCAUUCUAUACCGCCACAUGCAGGCCAGUCCUCCCUGCAUUUUUCUGAUGCUAUUUUUUGAGGGUUUUUUCUCCUGUUAAAUUAAAACAAUCAUUUUUAAAUUUUGCUCUGGAGUUUUUUUUCACCCCUCGUUUUUCAUUUUGGUUAACGGUCUUCUAAUCUCAAAAACUAUGCAUUGCACUUUGUACAGAUUUUGCCUACCUCGUCUAAAAUUCGGAUGUUAAUUUAUUUUUACUUGCUUUGAUGGGACCCCGACGGGCCUUUAAUAAAAAUAAUUGAAUUGAAUUGAAAUCCUACAGCUAUAAGCCGAGCACUUCCGAGGCGCCCUCAACCGUCCCUCCGCCCUCUCCGACGUCGUCAUCGCCCGUCUGCCUCGACCUCGCGCCCUCUCUCCACGAACAUAUCAGGGCCGUGCAGCAGCUCUCCAGCGAGAAAGCACCCGGGUCGGACGCGAUCCCUGAUGAGAUCUACAGGCACGAUGACCCCCAACUCAUGGAUCCUCUGACGACGCUAUUCCAGGAGAUGUGGCGUCAAGGAGAGGUCCUGCAUGACUCCAAGGACGCUUAA